GGAGGCGCAACGGGCACGGAGCUGCUGGCUCUCUAUAUCCAGCGGCUCAGUGGCGCUCUGACUCCAUUCACUUCAGAGUCCUACACAGUCAAGGACCUGUGCAGACUGCUGCAAGACAGGCUCUGAACAGCACAGCACAGCACAGCACGGACAGCUUCCUUCCCUGUGAUUUUCCAAGAGGAUCUGCUCGUUUGGAUUAUAUUCUUCUAGGACUAUUAAAUAUAGAAAAAAAAGCCGGGCGUCUUGAUUGUGAUUAGUUCAACAACUGCGCUUCUUGUUUGAUAUUUCAGUGUAAAGUUUGAAGCCUGUUUUGUUAGAGGGUGAAGGACAAGUGCAAUGCGCUUCAGACUUGUCUCUUGGGAUUGUCCCACUUGCGCCUGAGGAGCUAUGCCGUCAAGAGGACGCAGUCCAAUGUGAAUAACAAGAGUCAACUUCCAGCCUCUUCACAGUUGCAAGCAAGUGCAGCGCGGAGUCUGACUGAGCCCUCUGAGCAGCUCUCACACCCCGGUUUCUCUCCCCGAGGGGAUGGUUGUGGAUCCUGUGGGGCCAGGAGCGAUUCUGCGGCUCCUACAGAACAGCACCUUUUUCUUGUUCGGGGUUAAAUCUAAAUUAAAGGGAGAUGAGAGCCGCACUUUGUUACUUCCUGCUGUGGACGACGUACCUGCUGCUGGCCAGCUCUGAGGAAGUGGAGUUUCCCCAGGAGCUGAUAGACAGACUGUCCCACAGUGAAAUCCACAGCAUCAGCGACCUCCAGCGGCUACUGGACAUUGACUCCGUAGGUACGGGAAACAAUGUCAUCGAGGAGCCCAAACACCACAAGCACCACAACCACCACAAGAACUACUCCCAUCAUCCUGGUUACUACAACGACCUGAAGAGCUCCCAGCUCCACAGCCGCCGCAAGAGGAGCAUCGUAGAGGAGGCGGUCCCGGCGGUGUGUAAGACGCGGACGGUGAUCUACGAGAUCCCCAGGAGCCAGGUGGAUCCCACGUCUGCCAACUUCCUGAUAUGGCCGCCCUGUGUGGAGGUGAAGCGCUGCACGGGCUGUUGCAACACCAGCAACAUGCGCUGUCACCCUUCCCGCAAGCACCACCGCACCGUUAAGGUGGCAAAGGUGGAAUACGUGAGGAGGAAACCCAAGCUGAAAGAGGUCUUUGUGCGGUUAGAAGACCACCUGGAGUGUGUGUGCACGUCACAUCAUGUGGUGGAGCACUCAGAUGCUGAAACAGGCCACCGUAGGGCUAAAGGUAGAAAAAGGAAACCUAAAAAGCUAAGGCCCAGCAAGGAUUUAUUGGCGACAUAAUAAAGUUGCACUCAUUACCCAAAGUCCACUGGAGAGCUGUGAAGGGAACAGGUAGGACUUUAGCACCGCAGCGUCCAACGCUCACCUUUUGGCACUGCAAUUGCCCAAUCGGGGCACAAGGGGGCCUGCCAAUCACCAUCACCAAUCACAUCACAGCCCAUUAGUGUGAGAAGAGGGGGGGCCAUGGAGCACCUCGCUCUGUGCCCGAAUGCUGCAUGAUGAUUUUGUGGCCUGCUGAGCAUGCACCCAUCCGCUUUGUGUCACAGUGUCCGGCUUGCGUGUGGUUGUGUGAACUGUUUUUCUCGUCCUAUACAGUUAAAUCCACUGUACGUCACUGUUUGUUUCACUGCUUUAAAGUCACUUUCACUGUAUCACCUUGUCAUCACCAAUUAGAGCCCGACUGAUACGGGAUAUCUGAGACCGAUUUUAGAGGGGAAAAAAUCCAAUAAUUACCAACAUGGCAGCUGAUAUAGUGAAUUUUUGGCUGAAUACAAAAAAUAACUUAAUGUAUUACAUUGUCAAAUUAAAAAUAAAUAAAAUAAAAACAAAUAUAUAGCUAAAUAGUAAAUUCCUGACCAAUUCAAUACAAAAUAAAUUAAAAAUUAAAAAUAAAUUGCUAAAUAAUGUAUGGUCAGUAUCAGUACAUUUCUGAUCGUUUAAAUAGAGAAUGUUUUUUUUAAUAGCUUAAUAGAACUUUAUAUUCACUCAAUCAAUUGCUGACCAUUUCAAUUAAGAAUAAAUAAAAAAUAAAAAGAAUAAUUAUGAUAACAUCUGCAUUGUAUUUUAUGUUAAAAAGGUUUACACAUUAAAAUAACAGCUAUUUCAACCCAAGCUUAUUUUUUCUGCAUUAUAGUUUAUGUUAAACAGAUUUACACAUAAAAGAAAAUAGCAAUUUGUCCAUAAAUGCCAAAAUCAGCAGAUGAAAUCAGUUGACCAGUAAAUCAGUCGGGCUCUAACAGAAAUAUUUUUCCUCUCUCAACUUUAUCUGCAACCAAAAGAGAGAGAGGCUUAUUUUGUGAGAAGUUUUCUGUCUUUCACACACACAAUGACACGCACAUAUUGAGACUUAAUCUGAUCUGAUCACUGUCUUUGAAAUCUGGAGAAACAUGAAUCAGAACUGUGGUUGUGUCUUGUGUGUGUUGUGUCAGCUUGUUUGAAAUGCAUGAGAAAAAUUAUGCAGUUGGGCACAAAAUGCAAUGCAAAAUCUAAUUAGGUUUUCUUUUCUUGUCAUGAUGAAACCCAUGUGGCUGUAAAAAUGUGAAAUACUAAUCUCAACU